UCUUCUCCUCUCAGCUUUUAAUAAGACGAAGCAAAGUGCAUCAAAAGCUUUCUUGGUUAGCUCGCCACCGCCUCCUCGUCUCGUUUCGGAUUCGCGUCUCUCUCUCUCUCUCUCUCUCUCUCUGUGUGAUUGCAUCGUAUCCAAAACCCUCCGGCUUAAUCUAGAAGAAAGAACCACUCUGCCUUGUUCAGACAGAGACAGAGACGCGACUUGAUCUGCAAUAACAACUACUACUUCUGAUUCUGAUUCGCAUUGAUUUUCCCUCUUCUUUGCAUAGAAAUUGCCCACUUUUUAUUAUUUACCCCAAAUGGCUUAUGUAGAUCACGCCUUCUCCAUUACGGACGAGGAUCUCAUGGAGACUUCCUACAUCAUCCACAACAAGCCUCCCAUUAAGGAGAUCGCCCUCGCUGUUUCCCUCCUCGUCUUUGGAACCCUAGGCAUCGUCAUCGGCUCCCUCAUGGCCUACAAGCACAUCGGCGGCGACUCUUCUCACGGACUGUUCUUUGCCAUACUGGGGAUGGUAUUGUUCAUUCCUGGUUUCUACUACACUCGGAUUGCAUAUUACGCAUACAAGGGAUACAAAGGGUUCUCAUUCUCAAACAUACCUCCUGUAUAGAAGGCGAAGGCGAAGGCUCUGUUCUUAGGUCAAAGUUCAGAUAGCUUCCUCUCAUGUACAGGUGUCUUCCUUCGUUGUUGUUCAUUCCCCUCUCUCUCUUUUGUUUUCCUCUUGUUUCGUGGGAGAUAUAAUGUGUAUUUAGAUUUCAGUUGUUUUCACGCCUGAAUUAAUGCAGACUGUGGUUUGUACAUUUCAAUCUUUUCAUUAGUGUAUUGCGAUUAGUUCAGUUUGCUAUAUUUGAUCAGUUCUCUUGCAUAUGUGGAGCACACUUGUCCUUAUGAUUUUGUGCUCCUAUGGAUCACUUAUAAGCACUUACAAAUAUAUUUUAUGUAA